UACUACUGGGAACUACUUAAAAGUGAAAGAGUGAAAGACGCUACGAAAGGAAGAACAUUUAUUUUCAUCAUCUUACUUUUGUUUUUCGAUGAGUUAUCUUCUUAUUACGAUGGGAAAGCGCUGAUGUCAUCGUCAGUAAAGAUGACCAAAGAUUCAUCACGUAAACAGAGUGUUUCAUCUCUAGCUGAACUGUGUUUAAAGUCUUCUUUAAAAUACCUUGAAUCGUUUAAGAUAUGGGAUGAACGAUUAAAUACCUUUCUACCUGAAGAUAUUUGUACAGCACUUAUAAGUAAAAAGCUGAGUUCGGGACAUUGUGAUGAUGAAUUUGUGUCGACAUAUUUGGCUGACGUUAAGACAAGCAGGAUUACGAAGGUCCACAUGAGUGGGGCACGCAUAACAGACCUUGGACUGGAAUUCAUUUCUCGUCAUCCUCUGCGAGAAGUCGAUAUAUCAUAUUGUGAAGUUUCAGAAAAAACCCUCGUCUCUUUGGCUAAAUGCAGAAACACUCUGACUUCUUUAAAGAUGAUUCAUUGCCGUCAAAUCACUGAGUUUAAGGAACUCCGUCAUUUGAUUGGUCUUAAGAGUUUGGACGUUUCAGACACUUGGCUAGACGAUCGAAAUGGAACUCGAUGUUUUGCAGAUCUGGUCAAUCUGCGAAUGUUGAACUUGAGUGGAACAGAAAUUGUUUCGCUGGAUCCAUUAAAUACUCUGGCGAUGCUCACAAGUCUCGACUUGUCGUUAUGUAGGGAGAUCGAAAGCAUUAAACCAUUGGAAAAUAUUCGAGGGUCCCUUCAGUGGUUGUCUCUAUAUAAUUGUAGAAAACUGUUUUCAUCAAAUCAGACAUUACUAGAAAGCUUAGGGAACUUGACCAAACUGCAACAUCUGGACUUAUCAAAACACGAUCCUGAUGAAAUAGUGGAAAUGGAGGGAUUCCUAAAUUGUAGUGCAGUCUUGGUGAACAGACAAUUUCUGGAACGAUUACUACCAUCUCUUCCAAAUUUAGAUUGGUUGGACCUUUCAGGUAAUGCCAAGUUCAGCUAUAGGGACUUUGAUCUCUUUAAUCAGUACCGUUCAAAGAUGCUGAGAUUCUUGGGCCUGUUUGGGACAGAGAUGUGCCUUUUUCAUGAAAUUCCUGCAGAUGAGGUGUCUGGAAGGAGGAAUAUGAAACAGGUCACCUUUUCUGUGUCAAUUUAUCAUAAGAGACCUGAAUUUCUGGUCAGGGCCCUGCAAGAUUUGUUUAAUUUCCUCAGUACAGAUGGAGAUGAUGGCUUCAGUCCAAAGUUUGUUUGUAAUGUUGUGUUAGGUGCCAUGGAGAGUCGCCCAAAAGAUAAGCGUGUUCAACUUGCUGGGAGUGCAUCUUUGUAUCAUCUAUCCAGAGAUGAGGAUGGAAACGUGAAUCUGUCUGAGGAAUUAAAGAGACGUAUUAUUGAGGUGAUUAUUGGUGCAAUGGAUUAUCAUGUCGCUGAGGAGCAGUUGCAGAAAAACUGUUGUCUCACUCUUUGCAACUUCAGAAUUCCAAGUGAUCUGCCUUCUGACUUCAGAAAAAUAGUGGAAGUUUUACUGCGGACUGCCACGAUACAUAAACCUGACCUCAUUCAGAGGAUUGCCAUUGGAAUUUGUAAUAUGGUGGUGUGUCAGACAACAUCAGAAGUAGGAAUAUGGGAGAUUCAAGAUUCACCCAAAAUCGUUGUGGGUAGAGACUUGAAGGGUGUGGAGAAAAUUCUUCAAAUUAUACGAUACAAGAUGGGAAACAACCCGGAGCUCGGUGGCGUCAUGGAAGGCUGUUGGAGUGCUUUGUGGAACAUGACAGAUGAAACGCCUGAAAACUGCGCACUGUUUAUAGUUCACGGAGGACUAGAGCUAUUCAGGAAAUGUCAUGAGAGAAUGAGCGAUCGACGAGAUCUGGUGCGGAACAUGUUAGGACUUAUGGGUAAUGUGGCAGAAGUGGCUGGACUACGACCAAAACUGAUGCCAUUUGUUCAUGUUUUCUACGAAUUGUUGCUCACUGAGGGUGAACUGGAGGUGACAUACAAUGCAGGAGGGAUAGUUAGUCACCUGGCUUUUGAUGGAGUAAACAACUGGACAAGUCACACCGUCUCUCGUACACAAGCGCUGCAAAGAUUGGCGGAGACAGUGGAUAAAUGGGACAUUGAAACAGCACGACAAAUGAGCUAUCGCUCCUUUGCUCCAAUAUUAAAGCUGAUAUCAGGCUGUGAUACACCAGAGAUACAUUACUGGGCUACCUGGGCACUGGCUAACCUCUGCAAUGUUGAACCUGAGAAAUAUUGCAAACUGGUCACCGACGAAGGUGGUGUCGAGUUAUUGCAAGAUCUACACUGCAGCCCCAGGACUUCUCAGAGGGUCCGAGAACUCGCCGACCAGACUCUUCGUCGGUGCCGACUACACGCCGGAAACGACUAAAACGUGGAGGUUGUUUGUUCAUACUUAGGCAAAUCAGUCGACUGUUAGUGGUAAUCAGCCCUAAGAGGGUAUGAACUGGGUUACUUAAUGUAGGAGGAAUGUUUCAGCAGGUGGUCUCUCGCUCUCGCCUUAUUUUUUGGUCUGUUUGGUGUAGGAGACAAACCUUAAUUAACGAUUCAAAUAAAUCUUGAUGAAGUUUUUAAUGAAAAGUUCUUAAAUGCAGGUAUGCAAUCUGUAUGAUUUCUUUGUAAGGUACGUUUGGCUAAAAAAARUGUGCCAAAUAUAAAUUUUGAUAUAUUCAGAACGGUAGCGUCGAGAUAAAUACAAAAAAAUGAUAAGAGAAAGUCAGUGGCGGAAAUUAAGCUAUCCAUACUAUGAAGGAAAUCCUGCUAGCCUGCGGAGCAGGCAUUCUAGUGGAGUUUGGGCGAAAAUUAGACCGCGCGAAAAAUGGA